AUGAUCGAGUCCCACACCCCUAAACUCCAUCUCCUCACGAUCCCACGCGAGAUUCAACAAGAGAUUUACUCAUAUCUUCUUGUUAACCCCAUUCUAGGGAAGGCAGCUUCAGUCUCGGCGGCAACCGACUUUGGCAGUUCCCAGGCAUACGAUCUACACACCAAUAUUCUUUACGUGUGUAAGAGAACAUACCAGGAAGGUAUCUUGACCUUGUACGGCAACCCCAUUUUCAUGGACUGCAGCAAAAGUCCGGGUAUUUGGGAACUUCAAAACGGCACCGAUCAAGAGCUUAUAUAUGACCACGAAGAUUUUGAAAAUGGAAUUGAGGAGCCUAACAUCAUAAAUUUGUGCCCACUGACCCGGUACACAAAUAAUGAGCCGAAGGAGCAUGUCGCCAAGCCGCCAUUUCGUAACACUCCAGCCGUUCAGCAUGUGAAAAGCUGGAAUGUCCUCUUGUCCGCUAUCGAUAGAACGUAUUGGAGCUCGGAUCCUUUUGCCGAGUUCUGCGUUGCAUUGCAUCCACAUUCGGGAAUCUCGCUGGAACUGUCUGUCUUACCCAUGGGCUUUAUCUGCCAGCACGUCAAUCCGCCUGACAUAGUAACUCAAGAUCAAGAUGUUGGACAGGUCAAUAAUCUCUUGCCUUUGAAAAUGCUCCGAAACAUCAAGAAUCUUGUUUUCAAGACUGCCGAAGUCGAUUCGAUCCCAGACUACUGCUACGGCAUAGAUAAUGAAGAGACCGACUUGAGCGUACCUGAUCUUCCAUCGCCAGAGCUCAUGGAGGAGUACUACAAGCUCACGAGUGGAGAAGCUCCAGUGAUUGAAUGUGUGGGUCGCAUGUGGGACAAACUUUUGCAGUGUGUCUCCACUUUCGAGCGUGCUAAACUGCACAUCAGCGACGGGACUUGCGGUAUCCAUUAUCGUGGUUUCAGAUUUCAUGACGUACGAACACCGAGUAAUUUGGCGGUUAAUGAUAUACCAAGCCACCCAGAUAUCCCUCAUUCAUUGGCAGAGGACCCAAACUAUCGAGGUGCAAGAGCAAUAGCCGAUACCACAGUCUCUUCAUCUCUCGAACACACCGAAUCUACCGAAGAUGUCGUCCAUUUUAAACAAUACCGACGCCAGCUCCUUGAGACUCUCGAGCCUCAGUACCAACGGAUUCGAAGAUGUGCCACUAAAAUCCGAGAGUACUUGCAACAUGAAAAUGGGCCGAAUGGGAUUUUUGUGAUCCGUCCUUCCAGUGUCGACGAUCGGAAACAAUACUGGGACAGGAUCGCAAAAGGUAUUGAUCUUUUGGAGGAAUACGAAUACUCAUUUAUAAGAAGUCUCACAGAGGAGGUCCAGCUUUCCAUACAAAAACAAAAUAAGUUCAUAGUACUGAAGUACAAGUUUCUUAAUAGUGAACUGUUGAUGCAUAGUGUCGCCUGGGCUUAUAAGAAAGGGAUAUGGAGAGCAGUUACAGAAUGGUAUAAGCUGGCCGUUGCAUGCAUGGAAAAGCAAUUUUUCAAAUUGCAAUGGUGUAGGAUGGAUCUAUUCAUGUGGGAUGUCUUAGACAACAAGGAUGUUGAUAUGAUUAUUCAGCCCGAGGUAUAUGAGGAGACUGUCUUCAGGAAAGAGCAGAUAUCGAACAGAAAGCUCGAUCUCAACAUGAUCAUGAAGAGAAUUGAGGAUAAAACCACCGAUCUGGAUAGUCUCAUGCAUAUCCUCAUGUCACUUGAAAUUGACAUUAUCGAUGGGGGUAGCGACGACGAGAAUAGAGACGAUGAGGAUAGCGAUGGCAGUGACGAUCCAGUCGCCAAUGAAGGUCUCGAAGGCUCUUCUGAGAAUGACGAAGCUAGUUCUGCAGGGGAUAUCGGAUCAUGA